ACACCGCGAGACAGACAGGCUGUGCUCCAACUUCAGGCUCUAGGUGUUGCCUCUCAGCAUCCCAGAUGGAUUUCAGUCGUCGAAGUUUUCACAGAAGUACGAGUUCCUCCUCACAAGGCCCGGCACUCAGCGUGAGUGGCUCCCUGUACAGGAAGGGGAGCAUGAAGCGCCUGGGGGCUGCGCCCAGCGUCUACGGUGGAGCCGGAGGCCAUGGCACUCGGGUCUCCGUCUCCAGGUCUGUAGUGAACUACGGGAGCGACCUCUCCAAUGGAGGGGACCUGUUUGGUGGCAAUGAGAAGCUGGCUAUGCAGAACCUCAACGACCGGCUGGCAAGCUACCUAGAAAAAGUGCGCCUCCUGGAGCAGUCCAAUGGCAGACUUGAAGCCCAGAUCAAGCAGUGGUACGAAACCAAUGCGCCCAGCACCAUCCGGGACUAUGGUCCCUACUACACACAAAUCAAAGAGCUGCAGGAUCAGAUUAGAGGCUCGCAAAUACAAAAUGCCCGCUUAGUCCUGCAAAUCGACAAUGCCAAGCUGGCCGCGGAGGACUUCAGGUUGAAGUUUGAGGCCGAGAGGGCAAUGCGUGUGACGGUGGAGGCUGAUCUCCAAGGCCUGGGCAAGGUUUUUGACGACCUGACCCUUCAAAAGACAGACUUGGAAAUUCAGAUUGAGGAGCUGAACAAAGACCUGGCCGUCCUCAGGAAAGAACAUGCAGAGGAAGUCGAGGCCCUUCGCCGGCAGCUGGGCAACACUGUCAACGUGGAGGUAGACGCGGCUCCGGGCCUGAACCUGGGAGAGAUCAUGAACGAGAUGAGACAGAAAUAUGAAAUUCUGGCCCAGAAGAACCUGCAGGAGGCCAAAGAACAGUUUGAGAGACAGAGUGAAGCUUUGCAGCAACAGGUCACGGUGAACACCGAGGAGCUGAAAGGGACCGGGGUUCAGGUCACUGAGCUGAGACGCACCUACCAGAACCUGGAGAUAGAGCUGCAGUCACAGCUUGGCAUGAAAGAGUCUCUGGAGCGCACCCUGGAAGACACGGAGGCUCGGUACGCCAAGCAGUUGGCAGCCAUCCAGGGAAUGCUGAGCUCCCUGGAGGCCCAGCUGAUGCAGGUCCGGGCUGACAUGGAACGCCAGAACCAAGAAUACAAUAUCCUCCUCGACAUAAAGACUCGCCUAGAGCAGGAGAUCGCCACCUACCGCCGCCUUCUGGAAGGAGAAGAUGUAAAACUUUCCUGCUAGACGAUAAGCUUGUCGGUUUUGACACUGCGCAUUUUCCAAGCUACAAAGCGGAACGCUCCAGUGUGAAAUGAGCACCACCUAAAGGGCAGAAACACGAAAAUAACAUUUAACCAGCAGGGUGAGGAGGGACGCUCCCCAGCUUUGACCAGGAAAUAAUGCUGUCUUUCUGUUUCUUUCUUUCUUUCUUUCUUUCUUUCUUUCUUUCUUUCUUUCUUUCUUUCUUUCUU